UUAUAGCAUGAUCAUAGGAUUAGGGAUGUAGCCUGUAUUGCUGGAAAAUUAAUGGGAGAGGUAGUAGAUCAUAUUGAAAAAUGAGGGUGGGGUAGGAGCAAGAGAGAUGUCCUGAAAUAUUCUGAUUGCGGACAGGCAAAAUCACUGCAUUGCAAGUAAUUCCAUUAUUUUGGCUUAAUCGCUUAAGACUCCGGACCAAUCCUGUUGUGUUUCCAAGGCCUUGUGUUGCUGUAACUAUUGCUGGUGUGUCAGUUGAGACAGAUGGGCUGACACAUGGUGCCGUUCACUGGCUGGCUAAUCUCUCCGAUUUGCAACAGGGAGAAGAGAGGUGUAGCCUCUCAGAGGUCCUGCAAACAUUCCUGGGAACCCUCUGUUGUGACACAAGCAGCACAGGAGCCAGGAGGAGCCCAUUCUGCAUAGCUCCUAGGUGUUUAUGGACCACCAUUUCUUUAAUUUGUACAAGUGUGUCUUUAUUGCUUAAAAAGCUUUUUGCACAGAAGACAAGCUCUAUUCCUGGAUGAGGAUAUAAAUAAUCCAGCAUGAAUUAGAGAGGACAAGGCUGAAGGAAACGUGUGGGACAAGAGGCAGUGACAAUAUGCUUUUCAAGUUGGUUGUGGAAUUGUGAUAACCAACUUUGGUUGUGGAGUAGAAGCUGAAUCAGGGAGCGCUUUACUUAUUUUUUAUUUUGGUCCUCCAAGAUUCAAGAUCAGACAGAGGAAGAACGUGUUGUUCUGGAAAAAGCCGUACACAAAACUGGCACAUCCUCUACAUGUGUUUUGAUCUUGGUGUGGUGGAGCGUGAUGCACAUGCUCUUAGACAGAAUGCAGAAGCCUUUCUGUGGACCCUAGAAUCCCCUUUUACCAUCGGCAAGGAUCCAAGAUGUCAGUUGGCCAGGCUCUCCGACAUAGCAGGCUGUGCUGCUACUUCUUCAACACUGUAGCCUAUCAGGUAUGUUGCUGCUGCGGCCCUGCCCCGUGCUCUCUGUGCUGUGCCUGCUGUCCGUCCGUCAAAUCCUCCACGAGCACCAGGCUCAUGUACGCGCUGUUCCACAUCUUGGCCUGCGCAGUUUCUUGCCUCAUGCUGUCUAGGACCAUCUCUGAAGCAGUGCGAGAGAAUGUGCCUUUUUACACCCUGAUCUGUGAGCAUGUCCAAGGAGGUGGCGACUGUGAGAUACUGGUGGGCUACUCGGCAGUGUACCGCGUGUGUUUCGGCACUGCCUGCUUCUACCUGAUGCUGGCCCUCUUCCUUAUCAAUGUCAAGUCCAGCCAGGACUUCCGUGCCCUCAUCCAUAACGGGUUCUGGUUUCUGAAGUUAGUCACCCUGAUUGGGAUGUGUGCUGCUGCCUUCUUCAUUCCCACUGAGUCCUUCCUGCACGCCUGGCACUAUGUGGGUGUGGUCGGGGGCUUUGCCUUCAUCCUGAUCCAGCUGGUCCUCAUUACUGCCUUCGCUCACACCUGGAACAAGAACUGGUUGACAGGUGCUGCUGAAGACAAACGCUGGUACCUGGCAGUAGUGUGUGCCACCCUGGUCUUUUACACCAUUGCCUCCUUGGCCUUCACUUUCAUGUACAAAUACUACACCCAUCCUGCAGGAUGCUUGCUCAAUAAGGCCCUUCUAUGGACCAACCUGGGGCUGUGUGUCCUGAUGUCCAGUAUCGCCAUCACACCCUGCGUACAGCUGAAGCAGCCGCGCUCAGGACUGCUGCAGGCCUCCAUCAUCAGCUGUUACGUGAUGUACUUGACCUUCUCUGCUCUGUCCAGCCGGCCGCCAGAGAGAGUGGAGUAUCAGGGACGCAACAUGAGCGUGUGCUUCCCCAGUGUGAGCCGGGACGGCCUGCAGACCGAGGACAACGCGGUGGCCAUCAUAGGAGCGACCAUCAUGUACGGAUGCGUGCUCUUUGCAUGCAAUGAAGCCUCCUAUCUGGCAGAGAUGUUUGGCCCCUUCUGGAUGAUUAAAGUUUACAGAUAUGAGUUCCAGAAAGCCAGCUGCUGUUUCUGCUGCCCUGAGGAAGAUGAAGACCAGGUGUUUGAAGUUGAUGAUGACAGCAAGGCUGGUCAGAAGGUGAUCCACAAUGAGACCCAGCGUGUGGUCUACAGCUACUUCUUCUUCCACUUCGUCUUUUUCCUGGCCUCCUUGUACGUCAUGAUGACACUCACCAACUGGUUCAGCUAUGAGUCGGCCAUGCUGGAGACCACCUUCACCCAUGGAAGCUGGUCCACCUUCUGGGUGAAGAUGUCAUCAUGCUGGGCAUGUGUGGCCCUCUACUUGGGGAUCUUGUUGGCUCCACUGUGUCGCCCGCAGCCUAAGUCAAGGCCCAAACGCUCCCGCAUCAAGAGGCGCUCAACCAUACAGCAGGAUGCCAGCGCGUGACCGUUUAUCCAAAGACACAGGGGCAGGAGGACAGGAAGGACAGUACCAGCUAAAGAGCACCAGGACUCCAGACCCUGAACUACAGUUCACUGCUGUGCUUUGAGAACUUUGUUCAGAACGCAGUUUUGAAUCAAGAUUAUCAAUCUACUGUUAAAAACAAAAAAUGACAUGGAAACUUGGAAUUUCUGACUCUGUAUUCACUUUACUGAUCUAAACGUGUUCCACAGUUUCUAGGUGACUGUGUAUAGGAGCAAUAUGGAGCUGUUGUCUUACUGCAACAAGUGAUUUAAAAAAAUUCUGGAACAGUGAAUCUGCUAGAUAAAUGUACACUGCCAAAGCACAAGGCUGCAAAAACAUGAACCCAAUUCUUAAAUCCCAAGGAGUCGUUUUCUAUAGCUUUCAGAAAUAUAAAAAGUAAGUAAUCUUAUUUUUCUCUUCAGAAGGUGGUCUACAGACUCAGCCUCAGAUGUAUGCAAUAAUUAUUACAUUCAUUUUAUUUAUGUUUUUCUAUUUUUAACUUGUAAACUUUUCAAAUUUUAGUUGAUCUUUUACAUUUCUCCAGAGCAGUACAAUCUGUUAGCAUGACGUCUGCAGGAUUUGCACAACAUAAGUGCCUCUGCUUUCAGUGAUUUGUAGCCACUUUUUCAUUUCCCUCUGAAUCCCCUACCAGAGGCUCGGAAUGCACAGCUUUCAUCUUCAACAGAGAACUUACUGCACUUCCCCCAUCCCAUCGUGCCCAUGGGAAGAAUAAGCUACUGAAUGUUGUGCAAUACAGUGAGCUUUCUACACCUGAAGUAAGAGAAUAUAAAUUAUUAAAGACGACACAAGUUCCAAGUACUAGUGAGAAUGAAGUGUUUUUAAAAUAUUUAGAGUGUGUUGGUGUAGCUCUGUGUGGAAAACUUUCCAAGUACAGUAUAUUUUACUGUUAUUUUUGCACACUUCACUGUUUAAAAACCUAUAAACGGUGUAAAAUAAGCAGGGUAUCAAUGCAAAAUGUAAAAGUUCCAUAAGAGAGCUUUGAAGAAUUCCAGAUACAGUAUGAAUCUUAUGUUUUAGAGUUUUCCUUAAAAUUAAUCAUUACAGAAAAAAUGGUAUAAUGUUUCCUGGCAAAAGGAGAAGAGAGAAUGAUCUGCUAGCUUUAUUUUCUUUAACUCCUAACAAAACACCAACACAGUUUAAAAAGGCCCUGGAGUGAGUGAAAAGCAAGAAAAACAAAGUAAAAUAGUUCUGGUCCAUUGUUUUUCAUCUAAUAAAUAUUUGAACACUUUCUAGAUACAAAUAGUGGUGUCUUGAUCCUCUACACAUCUUUUCAGUCCUGCUAAACUCUUACCUGCUUGAAUGCGUUUAACCAGCUUCAAACGUGAUAAAAUCCUGGAAAACCUACAGAAACUUACUGGCUCUCCAAGACAAGGAUUGGGUAGCUCUGUC